AUGGUCGGAUUGAUUGCUGCCAUUUUCCUCGUUAUCCCCGAAUCGCCGUGGUGGCUUGCCAGUCAGGGCAAGAUCGACAAGGCGGCCAAGGUUCUGAAUUGGUUUAACGGUAAAGUUGAUGGAUAUAGUGUGGAUGAACAAAUUGAAAUCAUGACCGCAACGAUCACCGAAGAACGCAUUGUCGCCGAGCGCAACGCCGAAGAAGGUACAUGGGCUGUGUUCCAAGGAAACAAUCGAAUUCGAUUCCUCAUUGCAGCUUGGCCUAAGAUCGCCCAGCAGCUAGUUGGCUUGGCUGUUUUCAACACCUAUGCCACUUAUUUCUUUCAAUAUGCGGGCAGCAAAGACCCAUUCAUGGUCACUGUCAUCCUUUCAUGUGUUCAACUUCUGUCUAUGAUCUUGACUGCUACGACAACUGACAAGCUCGGUCGCCGCCCACUGACAAUUUACCCCUACGCAGUGACAUCGGUCUCUGUUCUGUGUCUUGGCAUUAUCGGCUGCUUCGAUUAUACGAGACCAGCAACUAGCUCCCUUCUUAUAUUCUUCGCUUGUCUGGCCACCCUCUCAACAACCGGUGCAUCGGCUAUCGGAUACGCCUACGCGGCAGAAAUUCCCCAGCAGCGUCUGCGCGCAAAAACAGCUGGCUGGGCGCUGGCAUUAUCAAAUGCGAUCGCAAUCAUGUUCAGUUUCUGCACACCUUUAAUGAUCAACAACGAGCCCGUGUCAGCUUGGGGCGUCAAAACGGGUUUCUUCUUUGCCGGAACUGGUACGGUUGCUGUGUUUGUCGCUUGGCUCAUCCUUCCUGAGGUCGCACGCCGCACCCCUGCUGAAAUUGAUGAGAUGUUUGAGAAGAAAGUUGGUCUUCGCAAGUUUAAGGGCUAUGUCACUGAGGUGCAGAUGCGUUCAAAUGAACAGUAUGAUGAGCAUGAAAUGCGUUAG